AUGGUUCACUCGUUGAUCACUUCUGUAUUACAGUUAGCCUCCAAUAAUAUCAUCCCCUCGUCAAAUUCUUUUCUUGAACGAUCAGACAAUGUUGCCGUUACCACCAUAAAAAAUGCGGAUGUGGAAUUUACGAAGCUUAAUCUUCUUCCACAAUCGUCCUUGCUACAAUCCAACACAAAAUCCCUUUUGUCCGAAUUGUUAAAUAAACAAGUUGAACAACGAAUUAAUAAAAACCAACCGUCACAAAUGCAGCGAAAACCAAUUAUUAUUCCAACGACAAAACGAUUGGAAGAUGCAGAAAAUCAUAAUCACAUUAUCACUACUGCCGCUACGAAAACAAAAUCUUUGAAAUUUGGAAAUUGUCCUUUGGUCGUACGUACUCAUAGGAAAGAUGAAUUGUCGUCUAGAAAUGACACACCAACAGCAGACUGCAAAUAUGAAGAACAAGGUGACACAACGACUGAGACGAUUUCAAUUGUCGCUACACGGAAAACCUCGUUUGCUACAUCUCCACGGGUAAUUCGUCCCAGAAACAACAAGAAUACUACCAAGUCAAUAAAAAAUUUUUCACCGCCACCGACACAAAAGAUAGAUAGCAAGAAUGAUGAAUCUAUGGAUUCUGAAGAGGAAAACAUGGAUUCGGAUGAUGAAGGCGCAACUAAUGGCAUAAACACUAGCACAACCCCCAUUUCGACCUCACCUACCUCUUAUAAAUAUGCAACAUCACCGCAGACGAUUUCUGAAAAUGCUUCCAACGAUAACGAUCAUGACGACAACGUUCAAUGUAAUACUUUGACUAAUCAUUUAUCAAAAUUGGUGUCAGCAUCGAGAAUUCAAAGGAAAGUAAAAUCGUUGCCGCCAUAUGAACUUAUUCCGAACGUGAAAAAAGUAAAAAUGGAUUCACACUCGAUAAAUUGGAGUGUGAGCACGAAGAAAGGAAUACCCAUUCCACGAACUUCGAUGAAUAAUAUACAUUAUAAGUGUAAAAAACAACGUUGUAAUAAGUUUGUCGAGGACGCCGAGGAUGUGAAUGAUUCUAAAAAGAUGGAGGGUUUUCGUGAGGUUCGGAAUGGAGAAGAGGGAAUGUUCUGGCCAAUGUCGAUUUAA